CAUUUACCACAGAACCUCGAGCAGGACGCUUCAAACGUUUUUUAUAUACAAGAAAAACCUGAACUUUAAUUUUAUCAGAUAAUUGCGAAAGAGAGUCAUGCAGAGAAUGUCGUUGUUUUUUCUUGCAACUGCUUUGUCAGCUGUGAUCUGGACAGUGGUCGCAGCAGCCAACCCAAGUUGGUCGAAAAUUUCUGGCAAACUUGACCAGCUGGAUGUCAGUCCAACAGACAAUAUAUGGGGAGUGAAUAGACGUGAUCGAAUCUUCAUGCGCAAUGGCAACGGCUGGCACCAGGUGGGUGGAUUGUUGUCUCAUGUGACAGUCGGCAGCGCUGGAGUCUGGGGACGAAAUGCACGCGGGAAUAUUUACUAUCGUGAAGGAGUUACAUUCAGUUCGCCCGCAGGAACUUCCUGGACACGAAUACCUGGUGGUUUAAAACAGAUUGAUUCGGGUCCACAUGGGAUAGUCUAUGGAGUCAACAAUGGGGAUAACAUUUAUUGCAGAGUCGGUAUUACAACUGCCAACCCCAGAGGGUCGUCAUGGCAACGUGUCCAAGGCGCCCUGAAGUAUGUCAGUUGUGGUGGGCUCGGGUGCUGGGGUGUAAACGCAGCAAAUCACAUUUGGUUUCGAGCAGGUGUGACAUCUACCAACUGUGCCGGAAGAUCGUGGACAAAAAUCGCCGGCAAAUUGAGACAACUCGAGGUGAAAGAAGACGGAGUGGUGUAUGGAGUGAACGCACGCAAGUCGCUCUAUGUUCGUGAAGGAAUAACAAGAAAAAAUCCCACAGGAACCCACUGGCGAGCAAUUUCUGCCCCUAGUUUUACUCAUAUUUCUGCUGGAUCAUCUAAAAUCUUCGGUUUAGAUACGAGUGAUUCCAUAUUUCUUUUCAACGGGAAAUGGAAAGUGAUUCCUGGUGCCCUAAAGCAGAUUGAUCAUGGUUUGUCCGGUGAAGUGUGGGGUGUGAACAACGCAGAACAAAUCUUCCGAUUAAAACCAGACAAGACAUGGAUACGUAUCCCUGGUUCUUUAAAACAUGUAACUGUGGGUAACGCCGGGGUCUGGGGUGUAAACAAACACGAUAAUAUUUACUACUACCUUGGUGGAACAUCUUGGAGACACAUAUCAGGGAAAUUAAAACAGAUUGAUUCAGGACCAGGUCGAAUAGUUUAUGGAGUGAACGGCAACAACGCAAUCUACUGUCGUACAGGAAUCGAUGCAACUCAUCCUUCAGGUCAAGGUUGGUCUCGUAUUGGAGGUUCAUUAAAAUACAUUAGUUGUGGAGCUCUUGGUUGCUGGGGUGUGAACCGAAAUGAUAAAAUAUUUUAUCGAUCUGGUGUGUCAGAUCAGAACUGUGCUGGGACAAAUUGGCACCAUAUUGGAGGGAAAUUGAAACAAAUUGAGGCUGGUGGAAUUGGCGAUGUUUAUGGUAUCAACUCUAAUAACGUUGUGUAUCGUCGUACUGGCAUUAGUGAAUUGUCUCCCAUGGGAUCUGGUUGGCAGGUAGUUGUUUCGUAUGGAUCACACGUUUCCACUGGUUUAAAUGGACAAUAUUUGUUGGUUAACGGUGCCAUAUUUGAGUCAUUGCAAAGUUGCCCACAUCGUUUCCCGUGAGUGACUGUCAGAAGCUUGGUUUGCAGAAAAUCUAGUUUAACGUGGAACGUCGUAAAAAAUGGUUUCUUUUUUAUAGCGUAUAGUUUGAUUUAAUUGUGUAAUUCAAUGAACUGUGAUAGAUAAAAAAGCGUAACAUAUAUAUUUCGAUGUUCGCUGUUAAAAAAAUAAUUC